CAUGCAUGAGGAUCCAGAGUAUUGCUGUAGAUGAGGACAUUCAGUAUUCAUUUCCCAGUCCAGAGGAGAUCAGGAACCUUCCCCUUCCUGAGAAUACUCUAGCCAACAUCUCUCUCACUUCUUUAUUCCUGGCUGGUGAAGGUUCAACAUCAGUUACAGUAUCUAGUGUGCUCUUCACAACACUUCAAAUGUUUCUUCCUCCAAGUACAGGAAGC